AUGAAUCAUCAGGAGCCUCACGUGGAGAAUGGUCAGAGUGAUCGCCCCCUCGCGAUUGAAAUUAAUUCGUCGCCAAGAGUAUCACCAGUGGAAGAUCAACAGGUUGAGUCGAGCUCCAACGAUCCGACCUCAACACGUUCUGAUGGGGGGCCCGUCCCCGAAGGCUCAUCUACGGGCGAACCUGUGUUGUGGUCUGAUGGAGAACCACCAGGGAAGAGACAGCGCACUGUCCAGCACCCUGACGCCCAGGAAACCUCUCAAAAUGUUGGCCCUUUGUUGGCGAGUCGGGUUGAUUCACCGGCCGAGAGUCAAUCAGCGAGGAAACAGCGUUUCGCCGUUCCGGAACUACAGAAGAAGACCCUUCGCAGCUGGUCCGCCAGCCAGGAUCCCCGACCUAGCCAUGUCGACUGUAUUGACUGGUUUGAGCAGCAAUACGGUCGACGCCUCAACCAAUCCACUGUCUCCUAUAUCUUGUCCAAGCGGUACGAGCAUCUGGACAAUGGACCUGUGUCGGUUGACUCAGAACGGCGGCAGCCCGCCCAAUGGCCCAUCCUAGAAGACAAGCUGAACGACUGGCUCGACGAGGCGGAGAACAGACACGAGCGCGUCUCCGGUGAGCAAAUCAUGAGGAAAGCGCGUGAAUUUUGGCCAGAAAUCAUGGAUUACGUGGGACGAGCCAUGCCUUCGUUCAGUUACGGCUGGUUGAACAAAUUCAGAAAGCGUCGCGAGUUUGAUCAGAUCCACCGAAAUCGACCUGAAGAUACGGGGCCUGCUCUGGUCGAUAUUGCGAAUAGUCGCAAUCAGACAAAGGCCCUGCGCAGCUUCGGCGGCGAGUUCAUGCCAGAGAAUAUCUAUCAUAUGGAUGAAACAGGCCUGCUGUGGCGGAAGGCUCCGUUCAUGUCUGUUCCCGCUGGAUAUACCUAUUAUCACCCAAGGUCACAGUACCAAGCGAAUGCGCGGAUCUGUCUCACAUUGUGCACAAAUGCUACAGGAUCCGAUCGCUUACCACUCUGGGUUAUUGGCCACAAACACACGCCCGAAUCACUUCGACAAGCCAAUAUGCAGGCCUUGGACGUCAAAUGGCGAUAUAACAAACAAGCAUGGAUGUCAGCGGUCAUCAUGCAAGAGUGGCUACUGGCUUUCUACGCCCACAUCGGCUCGCGUCAGGUCUUGCUAAUGCUGGACAAUUUCCCAGCUCACACGGCCGCCAUCGAAGCAACCCCUCCCCCACCGAACAUCCACAUUGAAACGUACCCAAUUAUCCCCGAAGUCAUUACACCGCCAAUCUCGUGCGGCAUUGCCCGGAUCCUGAAACAGCAGUAUCGGCGACAAUACCUCGGCUACAUCAUCGCAGGAUACAACAGGGGCUGCUCACCCAUCCAGGAAAUGUGUCUCGGGUACGCCCUGGUCUGGGUCACGCGCAACUGGCGCCACGACGUUCCAAACGCCUCGAUUUACAAGGCUUUUAGGAAAAGCACUCUCCUAGAUCCACGAAUCGACCUCGUCCGCGCCCCACAGCCGCCUGAUAUCAUUCAGCUUUACCAGCAUGCUCUCCGACUCAAUCGAAGCAAUGCUCCAGUUAUCUCAUUCCAGGAAUUUGCGAACCCGGCUGCCGAGGAGAUUGCCGGGGAUUAUAAUCCUGCGAGAGACGCAUUUCUGUCCGUCGAAGAGUUGGAUGAGCCCAUCAGCCCUGUAGAUGUCACGCCUCCUUCGGCUACGGAGGCGAUUGCGUCUAUCCAGGUUGUCCUUCGCCAUAUGAUACACCAGCCUACCGCUACUGCGCAGGACAUCAUAGAUCUUGAAAAGAUUGAGAGGAUGAUGAUUAGGAAAGCCUCGCUUGAAUUGCACGGUUAA